AAAAAAAUGGUGUGAAAAUUCGUUGCAUUUUACGCUCAUGCAAUGUAGGUACAGACCAGACGUAUCAACGUUUAGAUUUGGGUGCACAUGGAACAGCGUUCAAAGUCGUGCCAAUGUACAAUGAAAGACGAGGAAAUUUUAAAGGAUGUUGGUAUAGGAAUGGAACGAGAACUAUACCAAUAAUACCACAGCCCAUUCUACCUAACAUUGAGGAAUUUGAGGUAAUGUAGAAGUAUGUCCUGAUUCAUGCUAAAUAUGCAUCAUUUGUUAGAUGGAUCACACAUCGUAGUACAAACAAUGAAAACACUAAAUGAACUUUAUUCACAUCUAGUUUGUUGGCAUUGAGGUUUUUGAAGGAACCGAGACUUCAAAAUGGCAGCAUCAUUACAAAACUUACGAUCUUAAUAAUGUAUACACAUUUUGGAUCACGAAUACUAAACCACCUCGUCCAGUGAAAUACGAAAUGAAAGGCUACGACAGCUUGCUGGCAACGCAUUAUGAUUAUUAUGUGUUGGAUUAUAUUUCCUUCGAGGAAUGGAAACCAAAUGAAUCGGUCUUUGAGCUUCCGUCAGGUUGGUAGUUGAUUUAAGAUUUUCUUUUAUACAGCCUUUCCAUUUCUUCUUUAAUCUACCCCGUUCAAUUAUCUCUAACUUCAUAAUGUCUCUCAUCUUCUCUGCAUCUCUUUUUAUUACCUGUCCAUACCAUCUCGAUUAACCUUGCUUCAUACCACCCCACAUCUUUUGAUCGCUUCAUUCUGUAAUUUUCUGACAAACUCCAUCUCUUAUGUGUUGAUACCAUCGUAACCUUGCUUCCCUUGCCUUUCCUGCAAUUUUCUUGAUCUCUUCAUUGUGACAAGGUCUCCUUCAUCUCUUCUUAUUACGUGUUCAUACCAUGUCAUCUUUGCUUCGUUUACCUUCUCUGCAAUGUCUACCACCCCACAUCUUUUGAUCUCUUCAUUCAGGGGCCGCGGAACCGGACGGGGCAAUGGGGGCAUGUGCGGGCCACUUUUUAAAAGUGAAAAAAUGCUUUUUUCUGGGCUAAAGUAUCCCAUUUAAAGAACGAAAAAAGUAUUUCUUGAAUGAAUGCCCUCUCUUGCUGGAAAGAAAGUGCCCUUUCUGUAGUAGUAAAGACUCUGUAAAGGCCUUUUCCGACGUUAUAGAGACUCCAUAUUUUCAAAAAUUUUCGUAAGUGCCCCUCUUGGCCACUUUCGAAAUGCCUCUGCGGCCUCUGUCUUCAUUCCAUAAUGUCUCUGACCAGCUUUCCUUCAUCUAUUAUUACGUGUCCAAACCAUCCCAACCAUGCUUCUCUUACGUUCUCUGCAAUGUCUACCACCUCACAUCUUGUGAAGGCUCUGACCAGCUCUCUUUCAUCUCUUCUUAUUCUUCUCUCCUUUAUACAGUCUUUCCAUUUCUUCUGUAAUCUUUACCGUCCUCUGUUCUCUUAUCUCUAGCUUCAUAAUGUCCCUCAUCUGCUCUCCAUCACUACUUAUUACGUGUCCACACCGUCUCAACCCCUCUUUUGAUCUCUUCAUUCCAUAAUGUAUUUUUAAGCUCUCCUUCAUCUCUUCUUAUUACUUAUCCAUGUCAUCUUAACAUUGCUUCCCUCACGUCUGCAAGUCUACCACUCCACACCUUCUGAUCUCUGACUCGUACCCAGUUCCUCAAAUGAGGAUUGAACAAAAUAAUGGUGCAUGAUGGGACACCUCCGUCCACUGAUCCACACAUUCUCGUACCCAGAGCCCUUCUUACGCGCGGAGCGACGAGGGGCUCUGGCCAAAUCCAUAUUCCGAACUGGCAUCUGAUUGGCUAGUUCUAACACCGGACAUUGUUUUCUUACCAUGUUUUUAUGGUAUCCGGUUAUGGAUUUGGCCAGAGCCCCUCGUCGCACCGCGUAUAAGAAGGGCUCUGGGUACGAGAAUGUGAUACACAUAAAUCGUAAUUGACGACUGGGUACGAGUCGGUUCUGAUCUCUUCAUUCCAUAAUGUCUCUUCUUAUUACGUAUCCAUACCAUCUCAGCCUUGCUUCCCUCACCUUCCCUGCAAUGCCUACCACCCCGCAUCUUCUUCCGAUCUCUUCAGUCCAUAUUGUCUGUGACUUGCUCUUCUUCAUCUCUUCUUAUUACGUGUUCUUUAUCAUCUCAGUCUUGCUUCCCUCACCUUCUUUGCAAUGUCUACCACUCCACAUCUUCUGAUCUCUUCAUCCCAUGCUCUCCUUCAUCUCUUCUUAUUACGUGUCCAUAUCAUGGUCUUGCUUCCCUCACCUUCUUUGCAAUGUCUACCACUCCACAUCUUCUGAUCUCUUCAUCCCAUGCUCUCCUUCAUCUCUUAUUACGUGUCCAUAUCAUGGUCUUGCUUCCCUCACCUUCUUUGCAAUGUCUACCACUCCACAUCUUCUGAUCUCUUCAUCCCACGCUCUCCUUCAUCUCUUCUUAUUACGUGUCCAUAUCAUAGUCUUGCUUCCCUCACCUUCUUUGCAAUGUCUACCACUCCACAUCUUCUGAUCUCUUCAUCCCAUGCUCUCCUUCAUCUCUUCUUGUUACGUAUCUAUACCAUCUCAACCUUGCCUCCUUCAUCUUCUCUGCAAUAUGUCCACCUCCCCACAUCUUCUUCUGAUCUCUUCAUUCCUCAUCUGUUUCAGACUUGUGGUGUCGCAACUGGAGUCACAAACUUGACUCCCACCUCAUGACUAAUCCCAUGCAAGAGUUUAUGACGUCACAUCACGUGGACAAGGAGGAACAUCUGGAACAACUGUAUUCUAUUUUUAGACGUCGUCAUCAGAAAUCUUAUAGAGGAAGAAUGGAAAGGAACAAAAGAAAACAUUUGUUUCGUCACAACUUAAGGUUAGAGAAAACACCCAAUUUCUAAAUAAUGUGAUCCUUUAUCGGUCGGAAAUUCGAUCGGAAUUUCUUUUGCAUCAUUUCCAGCUCGGAGACCACGUACAGGGCAUUGACUUGUAUAGACGUAUAGUAAUGCUGCAUGACCAACAACGUACUGCUCUAAUCAAACCUUACUACACUAUCCAGUUUAAGUAAAGUUAAUUCACAGAGGUUAGCUUUACCGUGCCUCUGUUUACAUUAUUUUAUAAUUUUAGGUUUAUCCAUUCGACCAACCGUAAGAAUUUGAAUUUCAAACUUUCGACCAAUCACAUGGCCGAUGUCGGUGACGACGAAUACAUACGUUACAGAGGUUCUAAAGAAGAACGUCGAUACAUUGAUCAACACAGUAAUCAAAGUUUAAUCAACGAUGGUGCUUUUAAUAUCUCUGGAGUACCUGAUACUUUGGACUGGAGAGAUUAUGGUAAGUUGGCAAACGUUGAUUGGUGGAUGUUGACUCGGAUGUUUGUUUGUUUGUUUGUCUGUCAUUACGAUAACUUAAAAAUACGAAACAUUUUAAUAUGCUCAGAGUUAAGAAUUAAUACAGGGGCCGCGGAACCAGGGGGGAUGGGAGCAUGUCACUUUAUUAAAGUGAAAAAAGCGCCCUUUCUUCUGAGCUAAAGUGUCCCAUUUAAAGAAUGAAAAAAGUAUUUCUUGAAUGAACGCCCUCUUUUGCUGGAAAGAAAGUGCCCUUUUUGCAGUAGUAAAGACUCUGUAAAGGCCAUUUCCGACAUUAUAGAGACUCCAUAUUUUCAAACAUUUUCGUUCGGCUCGUGAAGGACAUAAAAUCGUUUGAUUUUGGUCAUAUACCCAAUACUUAAAGUGCCCCUUUUGGUCAACGCCCCUCUACAUCAAUGCCCCUCUACUCUCUUGCACUCCAUCUACAAACAAAGUUGCAUCGAGUGAGAUGCCCAGUAUGCUGAUACUUACCCAGUGAUACACCUAACAUUGGCGUCAGCUUAGUAUAGGUAAUCAUGCGAUGGCGAGUACAAUUCGGGAUUAAUAGUACGAGUGAUGUUUGGAAAUUUUGCUAAAAUUGGACGAGCCGCCGGGGCGAGUCCAAUUUGGUAAAUUUCCAAACAUCACGAGUACUAUUAAUCCUUAAUUGCACGAGCAACAUCGCAUGAUUACUUGUUUAUUAUUAGCAUGACAAAAUUGGAUACGUACUUCUCAAUGUCAACAUCAUAUUCUCUUGCCAAAGCCCAGUCCUGCCAGACUUUCAACUAAAAUUUGGUGCUUUUGUUUGUAUUUUCAUUUAGUUCUUUUGUUAAAGCAAAAUUUGGUGCUUUUGUUCGUAUUUUCAUCUAGUUCCAACACGGCAAUUUCAUUUCACGCUUGUGUUUAAAAUACGUUUCCGCCAUUUUGUUUGUUUUGGGAAAAUUAUUAAUUGUACUGCAGUACAAUUAAUGAAAUAAUUGUACUCCUCUCAACCAAUCAGCAUCCAGUAAUUUUGUCAUGCUAAUAAUAAGUAUAUAUACAUGAACUUGUGGUUAGAACUCGGCAACUGGACUCUGUAACUCAGUUGGUUAGAGCGCUGCACCGGAAUCGCAGGGCUGCAGUUCGAUUCCUGCCAGAGGGUCUAUGGUUGCAUUUUUCGCAACUACUCCUGGUUAGGUCUGAUGAAUGUUUAAAAAUUCCACUCGAAAUUUCCAUCUACAAAUCCAUGCAACAAUUAGCAUUAAUACAGCAAAUGUUACACUUUCACUGCUUUAUUUAAAUUAAACACGGUAAAAUCUUAACUUCAAUUAUACAAUCUAAUGUUACACCGUUACACAGUACAAGUGUACAAAUGAAUUACAAAUAUAGUUUAAAAUAAGUAACUGAUUGCCGUGCGGGAGUGCGAAUAGACCUUUCCCCUUAUAACCAAAAUUUUGAUCUAGGCAAGUCUAGACAAAUAUUUCAUCACAGCUUGAAAGAGCAUCACAAAAUUAGUAAUAUUCCAAAGUUUCGUUGCGAAAUGUUGUAAAAUGAGGAAAAUAUAGCCUUGCGAAGUUUGCAAUUUUCAGUCAUUUUGCAUUACAAACGGGAAAUUGCAGCCCCAACACCCGAAUCGUAUGUCAAUUUCCCGUUUGUAAUACAAAAUGACUGAAAAACGGCAAACUUCGCAAGGCUAUAUUAUCCGCAUUUUACAAGAUUUUGCAACAAAACUUUGGAAUAUUACUAAUUUUGUGAUGCUCUUUCAAGCUGUGAUGAAAUUUUUGUCUAGAUCGAAAUUUUAGUUAUAAGGGGAAAGGUCCAUUGACUUCGAAAUAGCUGAUCAAUUUCUUUCUCGAAUUGCGGAGAGUAGAUCUUACCGAUUAUUUUCUUUUACCCAAUGGCCUCGUUUCCAUGUUAACUUAUUUUAGCAUGUUAUUUUUCUUAACUUAACUUAUUUUUCUUUUUUAACUUAUUUUAUUUUUCCUGGACGAAUUUGUUUCUUGCUGUUCUUAGGCUCAAUAACAAAGUAAUUUUCAACCCUAUACACCCUUUUCAUAAAUGGCUGCCGAUUAAAAAUUCUUUUAUGUGCAUAUAAAUUGGCCAACUAGCCUCGUACUCAUGUUAAGAUUUCAAAGGAAUUUCUACCCAGAAACGAGGCUAGUUGGGCCAAUUUAUAUGCACAUAAAAGAAUUUUUAAUCGGCAGCCAUUUAUGAAAAGGGUGUAUAUACUAAGCACAAAACAUGAGUAAGUAUUUGACACGAAAACGAGGCCAUCGGGUGAAAAGUGAAUAAACGGUAAAGUCUAUUAAUUCCAUAACUUUAAUUAAACUUCGUUUUCGAUAGUUCGUGUGCGGUUUUGGUACAUGUAAUAUAUUUUCCCUUGAGUUUCUCAAGCUAUACCCAGUGCUGUGGGAUUAGAAAAAAAAUUGUUAAUAAUCCGGAAUUUGCUUGUUAUUAAUUUUAAACGUUAUUAUGGCUUCGUGUUUUUUUCCGACUUGUGGAAAGAUUAUCCCAUGUACAGUCUGUUAAAGAUAUAGCACUGGUACUUGUUUCAUAUAGUUGGACAUAUCUAUAUUGUUUGUCUUUGCGCACUUAGCACAUCAGACCUAAUAUAUUCCUUUUUUCUCAUUUUUUUCUCUAAAUUUGCCUAUUUUCAAGUAUUAAUUUCGUACUUUCAGAAGUUUUACUCGGUUUCUUUUUUUGGGGGGGGGGGGGGCUAUAGCUCCCCCUAGCCCUUCCCCGUUCCGCCGCCACUGUCUCUCUGUUUAUAGCCAGACUAUUUUACACGUCUCUCACAUGAAUAUGUUUUUAAUGUUAAGGCGCUGUUGGACAAGUCCGCAGUCAAGGAAACUGUGCCUCGUGUUAUGCCUUGGUGGCAGCUCAGGCGAUCGAGACGACACAGUUUUUCGAG